GAUGAGAGGGAGUGGAGCGCGUCGACGCAUCUGAGACGCACAUUCCGCAGGAGCGUCGCGUGAUGCAGGUUAUGCGAGAUUUACUACACGUCUACAUAUAGGCUCAAAGGGCAGUUAUACCUUCGCUAUAUCUGACAGCUUGCUCAAACGCGAUACUGAGGCGAAAAGCAACUGCUAUGGAGACUGAGCGCGCAUCGGUGGAGACGGUAAACACGCGCGGGUGUGACUCAACGUGUCUUCUGUAGGACAAACGCGACCGUGGGUUUCUCUUCUGGAAGGAUGGGCUACUCAGAUCCGACAUCUAAUAGAGAUCUGUUGGGAAACAGAUCCCUGUGUUUUAUUUUCAUAUGUGCUUUUGGAGUGGUCACCUUAUUGCAGCAAAUCCUCUAUGGCAAGAACUACAUUAAAAGUGGGCAACAGUUUUCCCGCCUCAAAGGAGAGGAGGUGGGCAACUGGAGCGGGCUCAUUAGUUACCCCGAUGAUGGAGGGAUGAAGCCGGCCAGAAAUGGGAGGAAAAGAUGUGUCCGUCAGAAUUUUCAGCAUUCUGAAGCUCAGAUCUCCGUAGUUAUCACGCCCUGCCUAGCUGAUAUUAAGAAGAAAAAAAAAGAAAAGAAAAGGUAUCUGGAACGCUCCGAAGGCUCUUUAGAGUUCAACUCCACUUCCUGCAAGGAGCUACGGCAAGAAAUCACAGAUGUGAAAGUACUGACCAUGGUGAAGACUUCAGAGCUGUUUGAGCGAUGGAGGAACCUGCAGGUGUGUAAGUGGGAGCAAAACAAGGAGGAGACAGAUAACUUCAAAAUGUCUCUGUCCCGUUGCUGCAAUGCCCCCUCCUUCCUGUUUACCACGAAGAGAAACACUCCCUCGGGCACCAAACUGCGUUAUGAGGUGGAUACGAGUGGAAUCUUGCACAUCAGCCCGGAGAUCUUUAAAAUGUUCCCUGAUGACAUGCCCUAUUCCAAAUCCCAGUUUAAGAAAUGUGCCGUCAUCGGGAACGGCGGCAUCAUCAAAAACAGCAAGUGUGGACGAGAGAUCGACGCAGCCGACUUUGUCUUCCGAUGUAAUAUUCCUCCCAUCUCAGAUAUAUACAGUGAAGAUGUGGGAUCAAAGACUAACCUUGUUACAGUAAAUCCCAGCAUUAUAACUGAGAGGUUUCAAAAGUUGGAGAAAUGGAGAAAGCCGUUUUACGACGUUCUGCGGAAUUACGUGAACUCCUCGGUGGUUUUGCCGGCGUUCUAUAACACGCGGAACACCGACGUGUCGUUCCGUGUGAAGUACAUGCUGGACGACUUCGAGUCGGCCCGUGGCGUGUUCUUCUUCCACCCGCAGUACCUGCUGAACGUGCAGCGCUUCUGGGCCGUGCAGGGCGUCCGCGCCAAACGCCUCAGCAGCGGCCUGAUGCUGGUCACCGCAGCCAUGGAGUUAUGCGAAGAAGUGCAUCUCUACGGCUUCUGGGCGUUUCCCAUGAACCCCUCCGGAAUUUUCAUAACACACCACUACUAUGACAACGUCAAGCCCCGUCCCGGUUUCCACGCCAUGCCCUAUGAGAUCUUCAACUUCAUGCAUAUGCACGCUCGCGGCAUCGUGCACGUGCACACGGGCCCCUGCAGGUGAAAUCGCUAAGCGUCUCUGCAAUCUGAUUGGUCCGUUUUGUAGAGCUCCUCCCACUCACUGGCGCUACGGAAUUCUGAUUUACGUACGCCAAUCGAUGCCUUGAAGGCCAGCCGUUUUAUUUCUACGUGUUUUUACAAUAUCGAGUCUGGACAGUUGCAAAAUAGUACGUGUUUCUGAUUUUCUGUGACGGUGUCGUAUUUGUGUAUCAGGGCAGAUAUCACGAUUUAAUCUUUGUGAGGAGGCGCCAAACCAGGUGCGACGCAAUAACACGCAACAGUUGGGUUCGUGAAGUAAAAACUCAUUCAUUUUUUCCAUAGGGAAAUUGAUAAAAACUCUUAAGACAGACCUGUUGUGAGCGCUGAGGUUAUUAAUUGAUUGUAAUGCUUUUUUUUUUUAAAUAAACAUGCUAAAUUCACAUGUGUUUCUCUGAAAAACAAUGCUACAGCCAACUGUGCUUCUUUGUCAGAAUGUAAUGGCCAUGGAAGCCAGCAAACAAACUUUGUCAGAGAUAACAGAAUCUACCCGACCUAAAAAGCCUUUGCAUCCAUCUAAAAUCUCUGACCAGGCAUAUUAAAAGUUAAAUAUAUUAAAUAUAGUUCGGAGAGGAGGGGGCGGGAGAAACGACUCUCUCCAGUAUUUUGAAUUUGGACUGCAAUACCCAUUUCAACCGCUGGCUGUCAGCAUCUUUAACAUCUUCAAAGUUUGUGAUGUUAUGAUUCACCUUGUAGCUUGUUGGUUUGGUUCAUUGCUUAAACCGGCUUUUAAGAAAACAUUAAAAAAAAUCCCUAUAGAAAAAAUGAAUGCGAAAAAUAAUUCUGCAACUAACACCAUUGAAAAAGUGGGCGGGCUCAAAUGCAACAGAUGAGAUGUUCUAUUUCUACAAUUUCUAUUUCUGCACAGUAGCCCCACCCACAGUGGAAUCUCAUUGGUCCAAAUCCUAUCAGUUGUAUAUUAAACAUCAAAUCUACAUCACAGGCUGUUAUUGUGUCUCGUUGCAUCUGGUUAAGACAGAUUAAUCCACUCCAAACAUGGUUUAAGAGCAAGCUUACUGUUCAUUAACAACCAAUCUUUGCAUAAAAGUAGACUGAAUUUGACAAUUCAGUUGAAACGUUUAUGUAUAAUGGUAAAUACACGUUAAACAUACACUGGUUCUGAAGUUAUGUAUGAUAAUGUACAAGGAAGUAUAACUUUAUGUAAUCGAAUCGAACACAGUUGUUUAUGUCUUUCUCUCACACACAAUCUGUGAUUGAGGUUCUAGUGUCUUUUAAAUCGACUGAUCAUGUUUAUAAAGCUGAACUUUAUAUACUCUGUUUUCAGGUUGCUUAUGAUAUUGUGAUAACAAUGUGACUAUCACUUUACCAAGAAAUUGACUUUUUAAGAUUCAUCAAGAUCUAUCUAUCUAUCUAUCUAUCUAUCUAUCUAUCUAUCUAUCUAUCUAUCUAUCUAUCUAUCUAUCUAUCUAUCUAUCUAUCUAUCUAUCUAUCUAUCUAUCUAUCUAUCUAUCUAUCUAUCUAUCUCUCUCUCUCUCUCUCUCUAUCUAUCUAUCUAUCAUUACCAUUUAUUUCUUAAGUUGCACAAAAAUAUCUGGCACAGAGUAGAUCGGUUAUUCCAUUUUUGACUUUUUAAUAUUUCUUAAUUUAAUAUUCAUAUUUUGCAAUUAUUAUUUAUUUUUUUGGUCCCAUCAUUGUUAACACAAAUGUACAGUUAUUUGUCAAGCACCAAUAAAGCACACAGAUCUGCUUCUAA